AUGGCCCCCACUCUUCGCACAGUCGCAACUUUCGAAGAAUUUUGCCUUGUAAUAGAUUGCAUGUGGGAAUCGUAUGCUGAUCCCUAUAACCCGUUUCUGGGUAUCUUGGUUCCAAUCAAAGAGCCUACUGCCGAAGGAGUAGCGACUGCAGUCCAGGGGCUCAAGGAACGAUUCUGGGAAUCUCAUCAAGCGGAUAAGGAUGAUUUUUGGGUGUAUAUUGUUGACGAAGACGAUCAAGGAGAGGACGCUGGAAAGGUUUUGGCGGCAGCGAAUUGGCUAUUUCAUGAAGUGAGUCCAUUUGGGGGAGAAAAAGAUGGUGAGAAUGGCGAAAACGAAGGCAAUCAUGGCAAUAAAGAUGAUGAAAUCAGUAAUGGGGAGGAAAAGAAAAAGGAAGACAAUAGCCUUUUAUCUUGGUGGCCCGAAGGCGAAGCACGUGAAUUUGUAAAGACGGUUCUUUCACAAGUAUUUGGGAUGAGAGCGACAAGGAUGACAAGACCUCAUGCUCAGCUCUCCAAGAUGUUUACACUCCCUGACCACCGUGGCCGUGGUUACGGAUCUUCACUCAUGGAAUACGGAAUGUCCAAAAUCUCAGAAAUGGAUGUAGAAGCACUCGUAGAGGCCUCCGCGGGGGGGAUAUCUAUGUAUGAGAAAUAUGGUUUCCGAACCAUUCAUAAGGUGAUCGUAGAUACCACUUACAAGAACGGGAAACCAGGAUUUAUUUGGCGUAAGAUGGCGCAUGAAUGUAAAGGAGAGACUACGUGGUGGAUGUGGAAACCAAAACCGAGUGACGGGGUACUUUAUACGCCAGGAAUGGAGUUACCAUGGGAGAAGAAGUAA